AAAAUACAUCGACAUGAUUUCCAUGGCUCAAAUAGCCAUAAGGGUCAUAAAAAGGACAGAUAUCUUGUUAAAGAAUUCUUAAGAGCCAGAGGUCACCAGAAACAUUUACAUAAGUCUCAUGGUUUUGAAGGAAUCAAAGGGUCUUCAGGUCUUGACCAUGGUGGUCACCACUUACGUAAAACAGAUCCUGGAAAGCACACCGAUGAACAUGAUAGGCCAAGGGAAAUGAAGUCACCGGAGUCAGUACUUAUUCCUCAGGAAUCUGUCAAAGUUGCGGAUCUACUACACAUAUCCACUGAAGUGAAACAUUUGGACACUGUUGUCAACAGGAUAUCAGGUUUUGUAAGAAAAACCCUUGCUGACAUUCAGAAUAACAUGCAUAAAAUGGCAAGUAUGGUAUCAGCUGUGCAUCCUAUUGCUCCUUCUACUAUGAGCCAUAUGAUAGAUGUAACAAUGACCAAAACGGAGAAAGCAGUACGGAAACUGUGCCUGGAACCCAUAAAGAAGAGUCUCAGCAUUCCACCCUGGUCAGCAUGGACCUCCUGGGGGAAGUGCUCCCUGACUUGUGGGAGCUGAGGGUACAAGCUGCGACAUCGUCAGUGUCAGUCGAAGUCUCAUCGUCAGUGUCUUGGCAAUAAUUUUGAUCUCUCCCAUUGUGUGCUUACUCCCUGCCCAGCAACAUGGCAAUCCUGGAGCCAGUGGACUCCCUGCACAGCAACAUGUGAUAAUGGCCACCAAAUGAGAACCAGGAUGUGUCUGACUUCAUCUGUGAGAGUCCACUGUAAAGGAACAACAUCUGAAAUAAAACUUUGUUUUUCACCUAAAUGCGAGAACUCAAGUCGAAAGAGCACCCUCUUGGGCCAUCUACUUUUCCACCGAAAGUCUGGAAACAAGGUCAAAUUACAUACGAAGUUUGCCAUGCAAGGGUCAUCCAACUCCACGCACACAUCAUCAGGAUACGCGUGGUCAGCAUGGAGUGGCUGGACAUCAUGUAAAGAGUGUCGGAAGGGACACAGGGAAAGGAGUAGAAUAUGUGUGAAUUCUCUGAAGCAACCGUUGGACAACAAGACUCUGUGUCCUGGAGCUGAUGUAGAGUUUGGACCAUGUAUUGGCGUAGUAUGCAACCUGGAUAAUGCUGUGUAUGUGUCGGAAGGCAAGUCUGUGGAAGUAAAGUGUGCAGUGCCACCAGGCCUGGUCCCCUACAGGAUUUACUGGAUCACGCCCAGGAACCAGCGCAUCUCUCACCUCAGGAGCAGCAAAAGGAUGCGUAUGUCUGGAUCAUCUCUCCGUGUUGCUGAUGCGAGAUACGCUGACCAGGGAGUGUAUCGUUGUGUUCUACUACUUAACAACAACACUCACCAUAUAAUACAAGACACUCUCAUGGUGGACACCUGUAAAACCCAUCACUGCCAAAGCGGAGGAAUCUGCCAGACUACGCAAGACCCUGAGUUUGACGGCAUCAUGAACUACAAGUGCAGAUGUAUCGGAAAGUACAGAGGCCCUUUCUGCGAGAUUGGUCCACUAAAUUCACACAAAUUUAUCGGGGCCGUCAUCGCAUUAAUCAUUGCCUUGGUGGUCGUCUUGGCGCUUGCCUUGUGCCUCCUGAGAAGGUCCCUGCAUAAAGCUAAGAUUGAUUCCCCAAAAGAAAUCCAGUGUAAAAAGAAAGGGAAAUCACAGACAAAGAAAAAACCGAAGUAUGCCAAAACAGAUAAUAAACCUAAACCAGCGGACAGGCCAGAAGACAAAGGCGACAUCUCCAACGCAAGCAUUGUCAGUAAUGAUGGAUCUUUUGUUGAGAUAACUGAACAUGAUUAUGUUGACUUUGAUGGUUUUAACCUCUCCCAGGAAGAGAAGAACCCUAGAGGAGGCUAUGAAAGUGGUCAUGCUUCAGGUGGAUAUGAAGGCAAAUUCUUGAAAUAUCCAAGUCCCCCGCACAAACAUAUGAGUCAAAAUUAUCAACAGAAUGAGUCUGAUUACAUGACCAUGGACACACUUCCAAAAAAUUUCAUCAUCCAUCAGCAUAAUCCUGCAGGAUCCUACGAUGAAGAAUCAGGCUACCAGGACAUGGUCAGUGGGAAGGUUGAAAACAUCUAUGAGAAUCUACCCUCAGGAGAAAGAAGGGAGCCAGUCUACACUCCCACAUCAAAAAGUGAACAAGAAUAUAUCGAGACACUGAAAUACAAAGCUAGUUUAAAACAGCGAAGAGCUUCUGUUGAAAAGGAGGCACUUGCCCAAGAGGCUCUAGACAUAGUUGCGGAGAAUCUCACAAAGCAGUGUAUGGUUGAGAUCGAAAAUGAGUCACAGAUUUCAAACAAAGUUGUGUCCACAGGUUUGAAUUCAUCUCAGAUGAGAUCUGAUGCUGCAAGGCUUAAAUCAAAUCUUCCUGUUGCCAAGGAUACCAACAUGACGGACAUAUCAUCAGCACAAACAGAAUCACCAAACGGGAAUGUGGAGAUUGCAAAAUCCCCCAGAAGGAAAACUAAAUCCAUCAAACAGACUAAAUCCCCCCUAAAACAGGAAACUGCAAAGUUGACCAAAUCUCCAAAUACCGGAAUGUCUGCUGGUCAUCAGUCAGUUUCUGGUAAGAAAGCACCUGGUGAAACUUCUGAUCCUAAAGGGAACAGACCUGUUGUUAAGACUGGAAGAGUAUCUCCAACAGGAUCCCAGGGUUUUAAACAACAGCUCGUUACACAGACAGAUAUGAGAAGUCCACAUGUUUCAAAGGACAGGAAGCCUGUACCCAAACCAAGGAGAGCUGAAGACACUAGCAGGCAGCUUAAGAUCAGACCUCCAGUCAGCCCAACUCAUAGACAGUAUGCAUUUCCAAAGACACUGACAAUCAAAGACGGGAAUCAACAGGCAGCACUUCACGAGCACUUUGAUACGGCAUUUGUCACCCAGCAAGUAAACCCUAGUACCAGUACACCGAAGAAAGUUGAUAAGAUAGCACGUAUGAAUAUAAUCAUGCCUUCGGAUAUUAUGCAGGCAGAUGAGGAUGAAUCCUCCCUGACUUUUGGCAGGAAGAAGCACUCUAGUGAGCUGAUGGUGGUCACGUCUAGUAAAGUCCUUGGCAAAACUGAAGAGGGACCUGUGAAUCUGGGAAGAGGCAACGUCAGCAGUAACAACAGACAAACCUCUGCAUCAGAGUUGUCUUCUGGGAGUGAAGUGUUCUCAGACUCCUACUACCAAUCCCUGUCUCAAGUUACCGAGCCAACAGAUGGGAGUAGAGGAACCAGCUUCCGGUCACUGGACACAUCAACAUCAUUACAGACAAUGCCGGAUCUUGACAACACAGUCAGCUUUCCUAAACUGACCAUAAGUUAUCAGGAGGAGGGGAUUGAUCAUUCAGCUGGACCUGCCACACCAUCUGAAACUGAACAUUGCUAUCCUGGGCGAAACGACAGCCUUUUCCAAGGGGAGAUAACUGAGUCGAGUUUGUAUUUGAGUGACUGUAACUACACGCAAGGAACGCCUGAAAGCAGUGAGCUUUCGGAGAGUGAGUGUAGUUCUGACCGGACAUCUGAUGUGGAGGAGUCCUGAGACUUAAAUAUGGCACUCCGAUGUGUGUCUGAAGUAGACAGGGUCACACUGUAAUGUAAUGGUAGUGUGAUAAUGAUGAUAUUUUGAAGAGGUAUCCAACGUGAAUCGUUCAUGAAGAGUGUGAUUAUAAAUAGGAGGAUGGUUUCUGUUGACAGUUUGGGUGUCAUUUCUGAGGCACGGUACUUUAUGAUUUAUCAACAGACCUGUCUGACCUUGUUUUUUUCUUCAGAAUGUGACUAGUGAGAAUUAUAACCUCGACAUUUCCAGCAUUCACUUGAAGUUCCUGAAAACAGCUCUUGAAUCUAAAAUAAUAUCGAAGAUAGAACCAAGAUAAAUCUUAUUUUAAGUGUGACACUGAACUUUUGUCAGACUGUCUUAAGAAGCCUUGAACAUUGCCGUCUUUUACAUGACAGAAAGGGACGAAUUUGUCCGCUAAAGAAUGUUACAACAUGCACAUCAUUCAACCGUAAGUAAUAUAAACUACAGAGGGGCAUUACUUGUCCCUUUAGGAAUUAAAACAUGCGUUUCAUUCAUUGUAUGUCAUGUGGUCCAUCUGCCAUUGUUAAUUUGUGACAGACAGCAUAUGACUUGGGGCCAAAAGAAAGAAAACACUUUAUUUUUUAUGUAGUUGCAAACUGAAGCAACUCUUUUUCGAAUUUAUAUGUCUUUUUAAUCAUCAAUUUUUAAAGCUACCUUUUAGAAAGUGGAAUUUGUGGCUGGGUAUUGUGUGAAAAUAAAUUGUUUCAAUGAAGAUUGGGAUAACAACUGAAUUUGCAACAAGACCCUUACCAUGUUUUUGAAAUGUUGCAAUAUGUUGCCCCAAAGACAAUUUAUUGAUUUGAAAGAUAAGGUGUGUAGGACACCCAUUCACUGUCAAUAUUUAAAAGUUUUAAAUAAAACCAUAUAGAAGUAUUCUUUGUUGGUAGGUACAGCUCAUUGUAUGUAAGUUAAGAAAUUUUCAAUUAUUAUGUGAACGACUGAUAAAAUCAACUGAGUAGCUUGGUUUCUUUCGCUCCUCAUUUCAGCUGUAUUUAUGGUGUUUGUUUGAAUGUGCAUGUGUAAUGUUCUUUUUUAGAAAUAUGUAGAUACAAUUUUGUUUUCCUGUUGAAUCUGCUAUUUUUUGACUGCUUACAAUACAAAGUGCCAAUUGUUAUUGAGAAGAGGUAACUUCAAUGGUUAAAACAGUGUGAGAUGGUUAAAGUGAAAGAGAAACAAUGGCCAUCACUUAAGGUUGUUGUUUGUUGGUCCAAAUGUUUCUGUUAGAAGAUGUGUGACAAUGGCUAGAGUAAAAGAUAUUCAUUCAGGGUGUUCAUGGAGAUUGGAGUUUGAAAACUAAGAAUAUUUAUGUAGUCUUUGUAACUGAAUACAUUGUAGUAGGUGUACUGUACAUUUGUAGAUCAUAGAAAUAAUGUUAUGAAUAUGUUUGACAAAUUGUUAUGUUUGAGUCACAAGUUGUUUACAAAAUAAAAUGUUGAUCUUU